CAAUCACCGCCCUUUGCAUGUUUUGAUCUGAUCUUUUCAUUGUUUCAGACUCGCUUGCUGCUAAAUUUAGCAGAGCCCUCCAACUGCCCUCCCUCCCUUCUUCCCCUCGUAGCCUGGAAGCCCAAGGAUCCUUCAAACCUUAUCCCCACUAAAUUUGGAAUUCCACGCCUUUCCCUUUCCACCUUUCAAGAUGUCCAUCUUCCUCUCCCUGCGCCCAAUCCCGUGGCUUCCGCGCCUCUUCCUCCCCUCAUCCUGUUCCUCCUCUCCUUUUUCUUUCCACUCUCGACGUGACCUUCCUUGGUUCCUUCUCUGGCUUUGGAACCCUUGGCCUAAUUCUCACCUCCCCACGUGAGGGCCAAUUUGUUUUCAUGCGGAUAUUGCAUAUGUGAGAUCGCGCACAUACAAUGUAUUGCCUUCCCAUUUCAACAUUCCUGGUUACUUUCUCGGCUUAAGCUUCUCGCUUUCGGUGUUGGGCAUUGCGAAAGCGACAUAGAGAGAGGCGCGAAAAGGGGCAUUAGAACAAGGAUUUGCAGAAAUGAGCUGCUUUCCUUGUUUUAUGUCCGAUAGGAAAGCACCCAAGAGGUCUGAAAGCUGGACAGAAGGUUCCACGACAUCUCAAUCUCAGACCACAGCAUCUGUCUCAGAAAAUCACAAGCCGAAAACCUCACCUAACAGCAAGGAGGAGGUCGAUAAUCAAGUUUCUAACGGAAAUAUCGAAGCUCAGACCUUCACAUUCCGUGAAUUAGCUGCUGCAACCAAUAAUUUUAUGCCUGAAUGUCUGAUAGGAGAAGGGGGCUUUGGCAGAGUUUACAAAGGAGAACUUGAAGCCAGUGGCCAGGUUGUGGCUGUCAAACAGCUUGACAGAAAUGGGCUACAGGGAAACAAAGAAUUCCUUGUCGAGGUCUUGAUGCUUAGCCAACUUCACCACCCAAAUCUGGUCAACUUGAUUGGAUAUUGUGCAGAUGGCGACCAAAGGCUUUUGGUGUAUGAAUUUUUGCCAAUGGGAUCACUCGAGGAUCAUCUUCUUGAUUUGGAGCCUGAUCAAGCACCUUUAAACUGGUACACUAGAAUGAAUAUAGCUGCUGGAGCUGCUAAAGGAUUAGAAUACUUGCAUGACAAGGCCAACCCACCUGUUAUAUAUCGGGAUCUGAAAUCCUCUAAUAUUUUGCUAGAUGAAGAGUUCAACCCAAAACUUUCCGACUUUGGACUCGCUAAACUUGGUCCUGUUGGAGAUAAGGCACAUGUAUCCUCACGAGUUAUGGGAACUUAUGGAUAUUGUGCACCUGAAUAUGCUAGAACAGGUCAGCUAACCGUCAAAUCUGAUAUCUACAGUUUUGGAGUUGUUCUGUUGGAGCUCAUUACAGGAAGAAGGGCCGUUGAUACCACCAGGCAUGCAGAUGAACAGAAUUUGGUUUCUUGGGCACAACCAAUUUUUCGGGAUCAAAAGAGGAUCCCUGAGCUGGCCGACCCAAUGAUGCAAGGAAAAUACCCAGCAAAUGCUUUGAAACAAGCAGUUGCUGUUGCUGCCAUGUGCCUUCAAGAGGAGGCUACAACUCGCCCUUUUAUCUCCGAUGUCGUCACUGCUCUUAGUUUUCUUUCCAUGCCCACUGAUGGGACUGGUGGUAUAGAUACUCCUGUAGUUCAUUCAUUACCUGCACAAGAAAUGAGGAGAGAUGAUGAAGGAAGUGCAAGGGGACAGGAGUCAGCGGGAGCUGAGGCCAUAGAGUGUGGUUCUUCACAAGGAAGCAGAAGGUCAUCAACUGACGGCAGUGAAUUUUAAAAGCCAGUGACAAUGUCGUGGGUAAUAUUGGCUUUCUUUCCUGAGUCUCAUUCUCAGAUAUUGUGUAUAUGGUAAUCAACAUUCAACCUUCAAACAUUGAUUGAUGGAGUGCCAACCAGAAGCAGGACUUCAGGAACCGAAAAUCACAUCGUACACACGUUCUGUUAUGCUUGUAGCAGACAUUGUGUAUCUUCUCGGCCUUCUAUUGUUGUCCUCCGUCCCACAUGCACAAUAUACCUUUUGAAAUAAGUCUCCAUGUUAUCCUGUUCUUGUUUUGCUUUUUUCUUUUCAAGAUUCGAAGUUUAUCCCUUCAUGUUCAUUACUAUCUGACCUGGUUUUUUUGUGACUCAGUUGUAGUGUAAUAACAAAAAAUAAUACUAAUGGUAAUAUUGAUAGUUACUGUA